UAGUCUCUAAUCUGUGUUCUACUCUAUGGUAGUAUUCAUCAAAACGAACGGUCAGAUUUUUUUUAUAUAUAAUACCACGGACCACCAUAUUUUUUUUUAAAUAAUCCUUAUUAUAAAACACUCAGUGAUUUUAGAGUAAAAAUUGACUUUCAUAUUAAUUAAAAUACUUGCGUUCUUCUUGUGUCUAUCAACUAGCUGAUUGCAGUGUUUGAAGGAAGAAAUGUCAGGAAGAAGAGAUAGAUCAAGGUCUCCUAUGAGAGGAGAUAAUAAUGGACGCAGAAGAGAUAACAAAAAUGCAGAUCAAAGUAAAAAUUCUGAUAACAUGCCAAAUAUUAUGACUCCCAUGAUGAUGCAAAACCUUUAUUCCCAAGGGAACAUGAUGAUGGGUGGUAUGUUCAAUAUGUUGAUGCCCAAUGCAAUGAUGGGUGGAAGCAUGAUGCCUGCUGCGGGUAUGGACAUGAUGCAGGGGCCGGGGAUGGAAAUGAUAGCUCAAGCACCAAUGGAGAUGUCAACACUCACACCACAGUCUGUGCCUCCAGCACCUUCAUCAAUGGAGAUGAGUAUGAUGGGAGGAGUCAUGGUGGAUCCUGCUAUGAUGGGAAUGUUUCCCAAUAUGGGAAAUGAAGUGACACACGAGAAGAAAGAAAUAACUUUGAAACAUUGCAAAUUGACUCCACCAGAACUGGGAAUUCAGCAGCCUCCACGGCGAUCAAGGCCUCCAGGUUGUCGAACUAUAUUUGUAGGCGGCCUACCUGAUAAGAUACGAGAAACAACCGUUCGAGAGAUAUUUGAACGGUAUGGCAGGAUCCAAAUUUUAAGAUUGUCGAAAAAAAAUUUUUGUCAUAUACGUUUCGACAGAGAAAAUUGUGUAGAUGCAGCGAUGGCUAUAUCAGGUUACAAAAUAAAGCUUUUGAGUAAGGAUAAAGAUGACAAGGAAGAAGACGAAGAUUCUCACGCUACUAGUGGCUGGCUUCACGUUGAUUAUGCCUUGAGUAGAGAUGAUCAAAAUGAAUAUGAGAGGCGGCAACGCCAAGCUGUGCGCUUACAACAACAACAGAUACAGCAAUUAACAGCUCAACAAGAAGCUAUAGCAAGUCGCAAUAUGAACUAUCGCCGAUCACCUUCGCCCGUCAGAAUACAACCAUUUUCGAAUACUGCUGUUGUUCAACUUGCUGAAAAAAUAAAAAGUGAAGAACAUUUUGCAAACACACUUCCUACAUUAAUUUCUUGGUUAGAAAGGGGAGAAUGUUCAAAAAAGAAUUCCAAUCAGUUUUAUUCAAUGAUUCAAGCGACUAAUUCACACAUUCGUAGGCUAUUUAACGAGAAAAUGCAGUCCGAGGAAGAGUUACAAGAAUGCAGGGAAAGAGUGAAAACUAAUAUACAGAACAUAAUUGAGCAACUCGAACAGGUGGCGAAAGUGUUUAGCGCGGCCACCCAUCAGCGAGUGUGGGACCACUUUACUAAACCGCAGCGCAAGAACAUCGAAACUUGGCAGAAAAUGACCCAGGAGUUUAAUACUUUAAAGGAGGAAUUUAAUGAAAAAUUUCUUGGAGACGAUACAGACUUUAAUGGGUUUAAUAACCGUGUAAUUAAUUUCGACAAUAACAAUGAAGAACUACAAGAACUAAAGCGUGAAAAUGAAAGUCUUCGUUUUCAACUUGAAGCAUACAAGAAUGAAGUUGAUGUAAUAAAAGCAGACGCACAAAAAGAAAUGGAAAAAUUCAAAGCUCAGUUUAUAGCUCGGCAAGCAUUACAAGGAGCGAUGGAAAAGAAUCCACCGCUGCCCGCGCCGGUAGACAAGCCGCCGCCCCCGCCUCCCCUUCCCGAAGAUGUAGACUCUAAGGUUCACUUGAAAGAGGACGUCGAGUUGCAAUGUGGGGAAGCGAAAUUGAUCGGUGUAAUGUCCGCGUUUUUGCAGGUUCACCCGCAAGGUGCCAGUCUUGACUAUGUAGUAUCAUAUGUUCGAGCGUUGUUUCCGACCAUCUCGCAGGCGACUAUACACCACGUGUUACAAAAACAUGACGAAGUGUUUGCAAUAACCACUAGUGGCGUGGGAGCUAAUAUUGAAAACCGCUGGACAUUUGUUGCUUUUAAUAAUAACAUAGUAAAAUCAAAAUCAGAAUAAUGGAAAUUUCUAUUUUGUAUAUGAAUGUCUUAAAGGUGUAAGAAUUUAACCAUACGUCAACUUGGAAAUGAGUAUCGUAAUUACUAGUAUGAUUAAUAAUUUGGUCAAGGAGUGUCUGACUGACAGAACCUUAUGUCGGGUCAGCCGAUCCGCAUUAGAGUGGUGUUGUGCUAGUGGAUUGGCUCUAACUUGGUCAGGAGAAGUGUCAUUCCCCAAUAGGGUAGCAUCUAUACUAUCAUCAAU